CAUCAGGGGGCUCAGGGUUGGGUCUUUUCGUGCUGGACACCGUCCACUCCCGCUGCUCUGAACGUGAACUGCAACGCCAACACCACAGGAGACUGUCUGGCCUAUGCGGAGCUGAACGAGCUCAUGAAGGACCAGAACCAGCAGGGCUACUGGCAGGAGACGGGCCGAUGGGUGGGCUACGAGGAGAACUACGACAUGGAAGCUGGGCGCUGGGGGCCGUCCCACAUCUCCUACCUCACCUUCAAGAGCAUAGUGCAGCUCAGAAGAACCAUGAACACCGGGGUGGUAAUGUUGGACAGGGAGGAACGCUCGCUCUCUAGCAUCGCAGAGAAAAUCGCGGACGAGAUGAUCAGUAAGAAGGAGAUCAGGCCUGGUGACCGGGAAGGUUUAGUUCAGGCCUUCUUGCAGAACCGCAGCCAGUCGGUGGAGACCCAGGCCCUGACCCCACCUCUGGAAAUGCAGACCUUCUCUGUCACAGAGAGGAGAGAUGCAUCUGACUGUGUGGAGGCCUCCAUGGUACUUGUAGGUGCACUGGACUUCUUGGAGAAGCCAACAGUGGCGUUCGUGCGGCUGAAGGAUGCGAUGGUCCUUGAGUCGGCGCUUGAGGCCCCGGUUCCUGUUCGCUUCAUAUUUGUACUGGUGGGCCCCACCAAGAGCGACAUAGACUACCACGAGAGUGGGCGCGUCAUGGCCGCCCUGCUCGCAGAUAAAGUGUUCAACCAGGCAGCCUUCCAGGCCCAGAGUGACCGGGAGCUCAUCGAUGCCAUGGCCGACUUCAUGGACUGCAGCAUUGUGAUCCCACCUACUGAGAUCCAGAACGAGGCCAUGCUCGCGCCAAUCAUCAGCUUCCAGAAGAAGCUCCUUCAGGAGAGGCUCCGCCCCUCAGACCCUCAGCUCCGCCUCGAUCUCAAGCCACGCAAAUCCUCCAUUGCCAAACCGCUUCCUCCAGAGGAUCCACUGGUGCGCACCGGUGUGCCGUUUGGAGGCAUGAUCAGAGAUUUGAAAAGACGCUACCAGCACUACGUCAGUGACAUCACCGAUGCCAUGAACGUGCAGGUCCUCGCUACUGUCAUCUUCAUCUACUUUGCUGCUCUUUCUCCUGCUAUCACUUUCGGAGGCCUGCUGGCUGAUAAGGUAGACAAUAUGAUAGGAGUGUCCGAGCUGAUGCUGUCCACAGCAGUGCUGGGGGUUAUCUUCUGCUUGGUGGCUGCCCAGCCCGUCCUUGUCAUUGGCUUCUCAGGACCUCUGCUGGUGUUCGAGGAGGCCUUCUAUGCGUUCUGUAAGGCUCAGGAAAUUGAGUACAUUGUAGGUAGAGUGUGGGUGGGCGUGUGGCUCAUCAUCAUCGUGGUGGUGAUCGUAGCAGCGGAGGGCAGCUUCCUGGUGCGCUUCAUCUCUCGCUUCACCCAGGAGAUCUUUUCCAUCCUCAUCUCCCUCAUCUUCAUCUACGAGACCUUCGCCAAACUCAUUAAGAUUUUCAAGGCUCAUCCUCUUAAUCUCAACUACGAGCAAUUGAACGACACGCUGGAGGAUCCAUGGCACCCAGUCGUCACUCACCACACCGUUCAAGACAAUUCAACGGGCAACGUGACCACAGUGACCAUCAUCCGUCACCGUGCCUACCCCAACACAGCCCUGCUCUCCAUGUGCCUGAUGUUUGGCUGCUUCUCCAUCGCUUACUUCCUGCGCAUCUUCAAGAACGGCUACUUUCUGCCUGGCAAGCUCCGCCGCUUGAUGGGGGAUUUUGGUGUCCCCAUCGCUAUUUUCCUCAUGGUCGCAGUGGACAUCAAUCUUGAGGACACCUACACUCAGAAACUGGUGGUGCCUAAGGGCCUGCAGGUGUCCAACCCUGCUAUGCGGGGGUGGUUCAUCAACCCCAUGGGCGAGCACAAGCCCUUCCCUGUCUGGAUGAUGUUCGCCUGCAUUGUUCCUGCUGUACUGGUCUUCAUCCUCAUCUUCCUCGAGUCACAAAUCACCACGCUUAUAGUUAGUAAGCCAGAGAGGAAAAUGGUGAAGGGAUCUGGCUUCCAUCUGGACCUUCUCAUCCUCGUCAGUUUGGGGGGGUGUGCAGCAUUGUUUGGAAUGCCCUGGCUCAGCGCAGCAACAGUGCGGUCAGUAACACACGCCAAUGCUUUGACUGUGAUGAGCAAAGGACCCAAGCCAGAGAUCGAGAAAGUCCUGGAGCAGAGGGUCAGUGGGGUAUUGGUGGCCCUGCUUGUGGGCCUGUCCAUCCUUAUGGAGCCCAUUCUGAAGAUGAUUCCCAUGGCGGCUCUGUUCGGAAUCUUCCUCUACAUGGGAAUCACGUCUCUCAGUGGAAUUCAGCUGUGGGAUCGCAUACUGCUCCUCCUCAUUCCCAAGAAGUACCAUCCCAAUGAGCCAUACGCUACAAAAGUGAAGACAAAUAGGAUGCACAUGUUCACAGCGAUCCAGAUGGUGUGCCUGGCCGUCCUGUGGAUGGUGAAGUCCAGCCCUUUCUCCCUGGCCUUGCCCUUCAUCCUCAUCCUCACAAUCCCUCUGCGCAUGUUCUUGACUGGCCGAGUCUUCACCGAGUUGGAGAUGAAAUGCUUGGAUGCUGACGAUGCCAAAGUGACAUUCGAAGAGGAGCCUGGAGUGGACAUGUACUCAGAGACACGGAUGCCGUCGUAGAAACAUCAUGCCAAUGUGCCAAAAUCUUCCGUUCCACAUUGACUUUUGAUGCAAAUUUAUAUUAUUUACUUAGGAAACAUGUUCUUUGUGUGAAAACUGGCCUUUCAUUUCUGAUUACAUACUUUGGUAUGUAAUUGCUUAUUAAAUGGUCUUUAUUUGCAUAAAUAUAUUCAAGCUGAAGGCAAAAAUGAACACAUUCGGUGUGUAACACAUCUGUGAUUCUAAGUCUUCCUAUGCUCUUAAAAAAGAUGGUUCCUCAAGGGUUCUUUAGUGUCAAAAAAUGCUUCUGUUUAGGAAAAUGAAGAAUCAAAGAACCAUUUGCAUGAUGAAAGGCUUCUCUGCAUCAUGAAAGGCCUCUUCAGGUUGAUGGAGAAUGUGCUGUAGAUGGUUCUAUAUAGCACCUUUUAUGAAAAGGAUUCCAUAUAGCAUCAAAAGGGUUACAAGCUUAAGAGCAGAACAAUAGCAGAACCCUUUUUAGUGCUUUAUAGAACCCUUUUUUUAAAUGGUUCUAUAUAGAGCCUUUUUUUUACCACAGAACCUUUGAAGAAUCACCUUUUUUAAGUGUGUACAGCAUCAGAUGAAGGUAGACAGAUGAAAUAUUGAGAAGAUUCUCCUUUGAAUGAUACUUGUGUUUAAUGUGUUGGUGUUUUAAGGCCUUUGUCGAGUUCAUUUCACCACAGAGUGUUACAUUAAUCUCAUAGCCUUGCAAUAUUGCAGCAUCCAAAGCACUUUCCUACAACAUUUUUAUGUUUUGCAGGUAUUUAGUUUCAUAUACUGGGCAUCUCCUCCACUUUGGCUUUUAUGAAGCUAUGAGAUCUUUGUUUUUGUAGAUGUUUCUAUAUUUUAGAGUGCACUUCAUCUCCAGUACAUAAAGGAAUGUCUUGCUGUUGUAAACUGUGCAGCUCAAGCCUAAAAUAUGCAAAUCGCUGUUAUCAGAAGAAAACCUUGUAUCUCCAAAAUGGUCACUUUACAGGAGAAGAAAAAAUCUUUUUCCAAGUCAUUU